AUGUGGUUCAGUACAGUCAAGUCUCUCGCGAUCGUGCUGGCGCUGGGCGCCAGCGUCUUGGCGCAGGAUUCUUCCCAUUCACUCGUGAGCCGUCGGCUGACCGAGUACCUGAUGCCGGUCGCUACUCAGACGCAUGAGUUUGCGCAUGUUCCGAACUCGAAUUUCGUGCUGUUGACGCAGAUGUCUAACAGUGAAUUGAUCAAGAUCGAGCUGGACUCAACCACCGAGGAGCCGAUCGCAUUCCACUCGUUCCCCAUGGGGAAGAACAGCAGCACUUCUAUGCUCCAUGGCGUGUGGCCAUCAACAGUAUACCCCGGCAUGAUGUGGUUAUCCUUGCAAGGCGAAAAUAAACUUCUUCUGGUGGACCCCGGCAAGAAACUCUCAGCGGCGCCGAUCAUCAAGAAGACCAUCGACAUCCCCACUCCGGGCAACGGCCCGCAUUGUGUUUUCGAAAUUGGCAACCGCGUCUGGGCUGGUCUCAAAGUCGCCUCCGAGCAAACCGGAAAGUACUACGUCUUCUCGGCCGAUGUGCACAACCCCAAAAACCACACCCUGUAUCCCGCCCUCAACAGCCCUGUGUUUAUCAAAGAGGAACCGACCACGGGCUUGAUCUACGUGACCCAAGACAACGACUCGUCCAUCCUGCGCAUCAACACCACCAGUGGCGAAACAAAGCAGAUGCACGUCCCGGCCAGCGUCGGUAACAACGCCGUCGGAAUGAUCUCCGCCACCGGUCCCUUGAGCGGUGUCUGGUUCACACUCGCAGGUAAUGCCACCGGUGGCACUGGCACAUUCGGCCACAUCGGACCCUCGGGCAAGAUGCAAUUUUUCAAGCUAAAGCAUCCGCUGCUCGGCACCAACGCUGGCUUGCUACACAUCGCUGAUGCGUCGACCGCGGCUGGACCCGCAUUGUGGCUCUUAUCGACCUCGCUGCUGAGCACCAACUCCCCCGAUGCCCUCAUCCGCGUGACUUUCGACGCUUCCAUGAAGUCCAUCGCUGAUGAGGAGUACAUCUCGAUGCUCACUCAGAAUGCCAUGGUGCACCGCAUCUUGCCUCUGAACCAUACUGUUCUGGUUUCGGAGCUGCAUACCUUUGCGCUCGCCCAGCUUUCGUACAGGAACACUGUGGCUGGAAAGUGGCUGCCUGCUCAGGCUGUAACUAAUACCUCGGUCUACACCGAGGCCAGCUGA